ACUACCGACUUAACCUCUCAACUCACUUCUUUUGGCGGAAAAGAAAAACCCCUAAAUAACUCGCAUUCCCUUCAAUUCUUUACGCCGAUCAAUUACAUAUUUCUUCUGUAUGCUUUGUCUAUCAUUCGUUCAUUAAAUACAUACAAAUACAAAUAUAUAAUAUAAUGACCACUUCUAUACACAAUCACAACACAGAAGAAGGGGUAUCCACCACCAACACCACUUUUUUGAACAUUUAUGGCCCUCAGGCGAAAGCAGAUGUCGAAUUCAAGACCCCGAAACCGAACUCAACUCUAAACUUUGAAGAUAUUCAGGGGCUUGUCACUUGGGUCCUUGGUGAAGGACUUAUGCCAUCAUGGGUUUUCGUUAAGAACAAACCCCUGAUACCAAAAGUGGUUAUGAUUUACGUUCCUGGCCUCGAUUCAGCAAUCUACCUGUCGCAGAUGAAAGUACUACACAGUUUUAGAGAAUGCUGUGGCAUUCCUAGGGCAGUUCAAGCACUAAGCUGUGUAUCAGAUGGAAUGCAGACUAUUGAUGCCCUUCUAACAUGCAAGGUUAAAAAAAGAAAAAUGGAAGAUGAUACAUCUACAAAGAAAUGUGAUUCUGAACCAGGUACAUCUCCUGUUCAAGCUGGUAUGUCGUUGGCUGAGGUCUUGAAAGAUAUUCCAUUUCCCAUUUCGUACUAUACCCUUACAGCAAAGGAAUUGGAAGAGAAUGGAUACAUUCAUGAUAAACCAGGUUUUAUUUCAACUCUUCCUGCGCCAUUAGGGAAACCUACCCAUGAAAUGGUGGGAGUUGAUUGUGAAAUGUGUAUAACAAGUGAGGGGUUCGAGCUCACAAGGAUUACAUUGAUAGAUUUUAGAGGACAGGUGCUAUUGGAUAAAUUGGUUAAACCAUCAAAUGCAAUAACGGAUUACAACACUAGGUACAGUGGAAUAACAAGAGAGAUGAUGGAUGGAGUCACAACCACUCUUAGAGAUGUCCAGGAAGAUUUUCUACAACUUGUUAACAGAGAAACAAUUUUGGUUGGACACUCAUUGGAGAAUGAUCUAUCAGCUUUGCAAAUUUCACAUAGUUUGAUAAUUGACACUGCUGUUAGAUACAAGUAUUCACAUGGUGGAAAAUAUAAAAUUGCUCUUCGGGUGCUCACUAGAAAGUUCCUUUCUAGAGAGAUACAAAAUUCGGGAAAUGGGCAUGAUAGUAUUGAAGAUGCAAAAGCUGCAAUGGAUCUGGCAUUUUUAAAAAUUAAACAUGGACCCCAAUUUGGCAGACCUCGAUCAUUGAUGAAGAAAAAGUUUCUUACGGUUUUGGGCGACUCAAGCAAGGUCUCAUCUGUUAUUGAUGAUAUGGCUAUAGUGAAGCGAUAUGCUUCAGAAUCAUCACAUUCCAUUCCUGUUGCUUCUGAUGAAGAAGUUCUUUUAAAAACCAUCAAAGAGGUGAAAAAUGACAGAGUACAUUUUGUCUGGGCACAUUUUACGGAACUCGAAUCAUUUUAUAAAAAGCAAGCAGAAGAUGCUGAGGCGUUGGGUAAAAAACUUGCUGAGAUGAUAGCAUUACUUACUUGCCAGAAUAAGUCAAAGGGUAGAAAAAACGUCAAGUACACCGUCACGCCCGAUUUAAAGGAUGUUCUUUAUCGUCUGAAUUCCAGAAUCAAAAGUAUUUACUCUAAUUUACCUAGCAAUGCUAUGCUUAUAGUUUGCUCAGGUCAUGGAGAUACUGCAAUUGUUCAAAGAAUGAGGAGGAUGCUCGAAGAAAAGGUCGACACAGACAUACCUCGGAGUCAUCUUGUAAAGGUCCUGGAAGAGCUGCAGGCACAGGCAGAAGUUGGUUUAUGUUUUGUUGGUGUCAAACAUUGAGUAGAUGCAGUCAUGUUGUAAGCUGCAUUCAUACCCUUAUAGCUUCCUUUCAAUGAUAUUCAGUAGGCUCCUUUUGCUAAUUAGUCAUCUAAUUUUGAAAGUAAACGUCCUAUAAUAUUUCAUUCCAUAUGUAGAAAUUCCACUGGAAGUUCAACUUUUUUUUGACAUUUGGUUCAGUUUCACCCAAUCUGUUGGGUGAAGCCUUUGCCUUGUCAGAUUACAAAAGCAAUUUUUAACUUUAGCCCACUCGUGUACCUGGUAAUUUUGGUUCAAGUGGAUUCAAAAUCUUAUAUGGAGGAAUGUUGAUUGAAGUUGCAACUUUA